AUGGCCGCUACUGUUGAGAUCAACGAUGCAGUUUUCUGCGAACCACAUCUCGCAGAGAUCUGUGAUGACUGUAGCGCCGAUUUACGCGAGGAGAACGACGCUUUUUACGGAUUUGACACUAUAGAUCGCGAUGCAAUCGAAUCUCCAGAUGCCUCUCGCAACAGCGAUGGCGUGUAUGUCUGCAACAAACAUCACAGCGGGACGUGCAAUCAGUGUUUUGCUUGGAAGAAGCAGAUCACGCGAGCUCGGGCAGCUGCCAAAAAGGCUGGCAGGCAUUAA